AUGGCGGCGGCGGCGGAGCCGAGGCACCGCUGUGGAAAGGUUAAGAUCGAGGGCAGGGCGGUGGUGCCGGGAGUGAAGCCGCAGGACUGGAUCCACACGGCGCGGGUGUUGGUGGAGGGAGAGGAGCACGUCGGCUUCUUCAAGACAGAUGGAACUUUCACUGUAAAUGAUGUCCCUUCUGGAUCAUAUGUAGUGGAAGUUGUUUCACCAGCAUACCGUUUUGAACCUGUGCGAGUUGACAUUACUUCCAAAGGUAAAAUCAGGGCGAGGCAGGUGAAUUAUUUAAAGGCAUCUGAAGUCAUCAGGCUACCGUAUCCAAUACAGAUCAAAUCUUCUGGUCCUCCUCCAUACUUUAUGAAGCGAGAAACAUGGGGUUGGACAGACUUCCUCAUGAAUCCUAUGGUAAUGAUGAUGGUUCUUCCCCUGCUGAUCAUCCUCUUGUUGCCAAAAGUGGUCAACACUAAUGAUCCUGAGAUGAGACGGGAGAUGGAGCAGUCCAUGACAUGCUGAACCCGAAUCACGAGUUACCAGAUGUUUCUGAGUUUAUGACUCGCCUUUCUCUUCCAAAUCAUCUAAUCUGGAAGUGGCAAUAAGGCUGGCAAGAGUGGUGCUGUAAAGAGGAGGUAGUCCUUCGGAAUGUCAUUUCAGGUUAAUACACUGCCUAUUUGUGCUCUAAAGAGAGAUCACUAGUAGAAUACUGGGCUGCUUGCAAAGCAAAUAAAUUGAAAACAGCAUAUGACUUCUUGAAGACAAGGAUUUGGGUGUUUAUGUAUAUUUUGAAACAUCAAAAAUUCUGUGUGCUUGCAGUGACUGGUACAUUCUGAGAUUUAUUGUAAUUUAAUUAAGGUGUAAUGCAAAUAAUAUCCUAGUUUAUUUACUGCAACUUUUGGUAAGUAUUUUUAAUACAUUCAAAGUUUGUGCAAGAAGUGAAAGUAAUAUAAAAGUGAAAUAUUUCAAAUACCUGUUCAAUUUCUGUUGUACAAGAAGGUCACAAACUAAUGAAAGUAUAUUCAAGAUAACUUUGUUUCAGAGCUAUGUAUAUUUCAAGUGCACAAAAUAAAGUAAUACAAGUUAGACCAUG